ACAUUUCGUUCAAAUUUUACUAAAAUUUGCUGAAAGUGUAGGAAUUUUAAAGUGGAUAAUGGAUUUGAAGUCUUUUAAAAUUUGAUUUUGGAUAAUAUGUGUGAGAUUACAAGAUGAUUGUUCUUCUAAAGAAGCUUAUUUAAUAAAAGAACACAAAGUAAUUUAAAAAAUAUUUAAACACAUUUUUAAUCAAAAUGGAAAGUGGGAAUACUGGGAAUGCAUCAGUUUCAAAUGAAUCUAAAGACGCCUUUAGUUAUAUAAAUGAACGUCCGGUAGAUGAUAUAUCUUUAGAAUUUUUUUAUAAACCGCAUACCAUAACCUUAUUAGCAGUGUCAAUUGCUGCAGUCAUAUACACUGCGUUUGUCAGGGACGAAACAAGGAUUCAAGAUAACAUUUGGUCUGGAAUAUGCUGUGUCAUUUUCUUCUUCUUAAUAGUGUCUGUACUUACAUUUCCCAAUGGGCCAUUUACUAGACCACAUCCUGCAGUAUGGAGAAUUGUAUUUGGCAUGUCAGUACUGUACUUACUUGCCUUGCUGUUUCUUUUAUUUCAAAGCUAUUCUACUGUUUAUGAAAUUAUGUAUUGGAUUGAUCCAAACUUACGAAACUUUCAUAUUGACAUGGACAAGGAGUAUGCUGUUAACUGUUCCGACUUAAGUUUAUCCCGUAUUUGGUCUCAUGUUGACGUUUUUGCUUGGGGCCAUUUUUUGGGAUGGACAUUUAAAGCUAUACUUUUUAGACAUACUGGUUUAUUAUGGGCUAUAUCUAUUAUGUGGGAAAUAACAGAAAUAGCAUUUGCACAUCUACUUCCAAAUUUCUUAGAAUGUUGGUGGGAUUCGGUUAUAUUGGAUGUUUUGAUCUGUAAUGGUUUUGGUAUAUGGUGCGGCUUAAAAAUUUGUAAGGCAUUAGAAAUGAGAGAAUAUAAGUGGGUCAGUAUAAGGGAUAUAUCAUCUACAACAGGCAAGAUAAAAAGAGCCAUCCUUCAAUUUACACCAGUUUAUUGGACUCCUGUAAGAUGGUUGGAUCCGACGUGCACAUAUAUGAGAUUCUUUGCACUCAGCCAGUUGGUUGUAUUUUGGCAGAUUUCGGAAUUAAAUACUUUCUUUUUAAAACACAUAUUCGAAAUGCCACCGUCACAUCCAUUGGUUAUAGCAAGACUAUGUUUGAUUGGAGUAAUUGUGGCCCCAUCAGUAAGGCUAUAUUAUACUUAUGUUACGGAUCCGAGAUGCAAGCGAGUUGGAACACAGUGUUGGGUCUAUGGAGCUAUAAUGGUCACUGAAUCAAUGUUGUGUAUAAAGAAUGGCAAAGAACUGUUUGGUCAAGCACAAAUGUGGAAUGUGUUUAUAUGGCUCAUCAUACAAAUUCUAGUCUCAAUAGGUUGCGUGUAUGGAGUUGUGCUAUAUCAUCAAUAUUUUGAGCCAAAUAGAGAAGCUGCGCUAGAUAGUCCUAAGAAAGAACAGUAGAAGCGCAACGAGCCAUACAGAUAAUCAUCUGACGACAAGAAUAAUACAAAAUGACAUAUUUCUAAAGCUAUUUAUUUUUAUUAAAUUAUUAAGCAACACCAAAUACUAUUUGAUAGCUUGAAACUAGUUACCUCGUACGUUUUAUGUGGACUUCGUUAGGUUAAAUAAGAUAAAACGAUGUAUUGCUCAUUCAUGCUGUGUUGUACUUUUAUUUUUUGAUUAUAUAGUAAAGUAGUUAAUCGAAUCUUCCACAUGAUAUUAAAAUAAUGAACGAGUGUUGUGUAGAUAUUUUUAUCGGAAAUAGAAUAUUUUCCCUGACUUCGGUUGUGUGUAUUGCACUAAAAUAUUACUGUUAAGUAAUAGAAUAAAAAAAUGUUUACUCAAAAACGUUCAAUAUUUAAAAUUUGAUAAUAAAAUUAUCAAUAUGGCGUUUAUCAUAUUAUAUAUGUAAUUAAAAAAAAAACAAGAUAGAUCGCAACUAGAGACGAUCCUAUAACAAUCAAGAAGAAUAUAUUCGAUGGCAUGUAAUAGAUUUUUCUUUUUUAUUUAUAAGUAAUUUAUAAAUAUAUAUAUACCCGCUAAAAAUCCAGCGGUACCCUCUCCGUCUGUUCGGGGGGCGGGUGUCGCUCCGCGGCUCCGGCGGAAUUGGGCUCCUUGUCACUCCCGUAGAAGGAUCCCAUUUCCAACCAGCACCUCUGAGCGUAAUUAACACCAUGCUUGACAGCGAGAGAUCGCCGCCAGGGAAUGCCACUGGAGCACACUAUCUGGGUGUGGUGCGCCGUGACAGGAGGGUGAUACCUCGCGCAUUGCUAUACCGUACAGGUACUUACCGAAACAGCCAUGUCUACUAAACACCUGCGUCAGCCGAUACGUAAGCCGCUUUUCCUUGCUACCCAGCGACUUAAAUAGUAACCACCAUAAAAGCGUUAGUCAAUUGAUAGCGCUUAGCAAAAUAUUUUUUGUUGAUUUUAUCUUAAAUCCCUUACCAAUUAUUAUUAAUGCUCUCCAACUCCAAACACCGUACAAGAUAAGUUUAUAAUAAAAAAUGGCGAUGGUCCAGUGGACAGAAAGGGUGGAUUUUAUUAAAGAUAAGCAGUGAGUUUUUACAUUUUUAAAUUCUAACUCAUGACCGUCGCCUUAGAACAGCGCGAAAAUAUAAAGUCUAGUAUAAAUAUUUUACAAAGGAUCAGUCAGCAGUAGGACGUUACUGUAGCAAAACACAUUUAAAGUCAUCCGCAUUUUGCCUGAGAAACCGUAGUUUACUGUACAAGAUGAACAUAUGUACAUUCCUUAAGUAAGACUGAAUAGAAAGUAUACAACUCUUUUCAGUCUUCUCCCUUUUUGUAUCUCCUUUCCGAGAAGUUAAAAAUGAUCACAAUACAAAUGCAACAGUGUAUGUAUGCCUAUUUUCUUAUAUGUACUUCAAUAUUGUAAUUGGAAUGUUGUUUUUUUUCGAAUCAUUAAAUUGUUUUUUUUUUUAUUUACAUAAACGCAAAAACAAAAGUGAGCGUUUGACAUUUUUAAAACGAUAAUGUUAUAUAGUGUUUUCUAUAAAGCCGACAUCGACAGGGAAAAUUUCAUUUUUGAUGUGAUUAGAAUGUUUGCUGUAAAUGUAUGAUUAGACUAGAUAAAGUUCUUCAAUUAU